UUAUAAAGGGAGGCACGGGGGUUGUAUUUUAAGUACUGAAAACGUGUCAGCUGGGCACAUUCAUUUGACAUCUUCCGUGAUUAACAAUCGUAUUAGAAAUUGUGUUGCUCAAGACCGAUCAAUUAAGGUUUUUGUUGUCCGGCAAAUGGUCAAAGACCAAUUCGGUGUGGAAGUGACCUAUAAGCGGGCUUGGUGUGCUAAACAGCAAGCCCUUCUCUCCAUCUAUGGUACGUGGGAAGAUUCUUAUCCUCUUCUUCCACGCUUCCUGAGGGCACUGCAAAUUUCAAACCCCGGUACCGUAGUUGAGUGGUUCUUUAAGGAAGAUAAUGAUGUCGGUGUGUAUGUCCGUCCUAGUAUUAGAACUUUCCAACGCGUGUUUUGGGCUUUCCAACCUAGUAUUGAGGGAUUUAAGUAUUGCAAACCCGUUAUUGCCAUUGACGGAACACAUUUGUAUGGUAAGUAUCGCCAUACGUUGUUGACUGCGAUUGCCCAAGAUGGGAACAAGGGAAUAUUCCCGCUUGCCUUUGCUUUGGUCGAAAAAGAAUGCAUAGCCGCGUGGUCUUGGUUUAUGGGCUGUGUUCGUAAGCAUGUGAUGCAUAGUCCAGGGUUAUGCGUUAUUUCCGAUAGGCAUGCGGGCAUUCUAGCAACUAUGGAGGAGCCGGGAUCCCAAGAACUGGCUAGAGGUGAACUGGCGGCAUGUCGCUCGUUGGGAGCACAGGCUAGAUCUGCUUGCCCAAGGUGCGCCGAUCGAGGCUGCAGGCGCACCUACUACGGCGGAUUACAUGCCGUGGUUCCUCUCCAUUACUCGCCGAUGGAUGACACCACGAGGUAUCUUGGCGGCAUCCCAGUACAAUCCCGCAGCACCGACGAUGACACACUUUGCACAGGGCAUUGCAUCAGUCAUCGGCUCCUCCCAAGAGGAGCCCGUACGGGAGAUUGCCCAAGGCAUACUCCAAGGCACGCAGUUUCAACACUUCAUUCCGGAAGUAACUGCGCCCCACACCACUACGUACGCGUACGAGUCAUCUGCUCAUCAACCCGACGUUCAUCUUGA